AUGAAAUUUGGCUUACCAGACAAUUUUGAAGUGGCCGUAGAUGUGUCACUUAAACCGGCAAAUCAAAUUACAUUAUCAUUAAUUAAACCUUCACGACCCAAGAAUACUUUCAACGAUAUUUUCAGAAAAACUUACAAUGAUAUAGAUGAAAACACCUUAGAGUUCAUAAAUUCCAAGAGAAAUGAGAUCAAUAAUAGACUUGACACGUUGCACUCAAAAAUGAGAUCUCGCGAAGCUCAAGCAGAUGCAAACAUAACACAUUUAAUUCAGGAUUUUGAUAGUCAACUAAGAAUUCAAAAUAGCCAAGUGGAGGAAUUGAUCAGAAGAGAAAAAGAACGAAUACGUCUAGAGCUAGAGAGAAAGAGAAGAGAGGAGGAAGAAAGACGACGCCGUGAAGAAGAGGAACGCAGACGCCGUGAGGAAGAAGAACGGAGACGUAAGGAAGAGGAGGAAAGGAAACGGAAAGAAGAAGAAGAAAGGAAACGGAGGUUAGAGGAGGAGGAGGAGAAGGAGCGUAAACGUAAAGAGGAAGAAGAAGUUAGAAAGAGGAGAGAGGCAGAAUUGAAAAUUCAAAGAGAAAAAGAAUUGUUAGAGCAGAAGAAGAAAGAAAAGGAGCUGCGCUUUACUACAAACUAUAAUCAAAUUGAGAAAACCUUUUACAAGUACAAACAAGAUAUACAAGAUAUAAAGAACAACGUGAAAUUGAAAUUAAAUGAAAACGCCGACUUGAAGAAACAAGUUAACCAGUACAAAAGAAAAAUCAAUCCUAAAUUUGGUCAAUUAUCCAGCUCAUUAUCUCAAUUUAAUAGAAUAAGUACAGAAGUAAUAGCCUUGAUCAAAGCAGUCGAGUCCAAUGCCUUGGCAUUUAAAUGGGUAUUAAAUUUCACUGCAAAAGCAAUAAUAGAUCAAGCAGAAACCGAAGUUAUCGUUCGACCAAAUUCAGCUGUUCCAUUAGCUAAACUAGCAUACGCACUAUUACAGACAUUUCCAGAAUUUGAAUAUUAUUUGAACGCAAGAUUUAUAAAAAAGUGUCCAUAUAUCAUAGGGUAUAAUUGUUCCAUUGACUCAGAAGAGGGUAGAGAGAGGAUGGGCUGGAAACGUCCUGAUGGCAGCAAAUGGGAAGAAGAAACGAAAUAUGAUGAAAGAAUGGGUGGCAUUGUCAGCGUUUGGGCCGCCAUGACUACCAUUACUAACCAUGGAUCACAGAAACUUUUGUAUUCGUUUGAGUCGGCAUGGCAAUUUUUGGCUAGAACGGCCAAUUUACCAGUAAACAUGCUAAUCAAUACCCAUUUCACAAUUUUGGGAAAUUGGUGGGAGGCGGCCGGUGCAAGUUUCUUACCUGUUUACGGUAAGCAAAGCCAGAAACUAAUGUACGUUGUUGCUGUCCAACUAACAAACGCCGUGGCUUCGAAGAAGUUCCCAUCUGGUGCCAGAUUAUCAAUUAUGGGCGAAGAAUGGGUCACGAAAGGAAGAAUCCAAUCACUAAAGGCAAUGGAAUAUUAA